AUGGGUAAAAAGCGAAAGUUCAGUGCCCCAGAAUCCACUCCUAAGUCUUCAAUUGAAGUAAUCGUAGAAGAUGUAACAACACAUCCAAUGUGUCUUCAUGGACCAACUUUGUUGUUUUCUACUGAAAAAGGAAAGUACUUUGGUUGUGCAUCAUGCAGAGAUAAAAAAGAUUGUACAUUACAUAUUGACGAAGAGGAUUGGAAAAAGGAAGGUGUUAGAAAACGAAAUGAAAAGUAUUAUAACCUCAUACCAAAAGUAGAUAAAAAUACCGCUUGGAAGAACUUUAACGAGGUUAAAAUGAGGCAUGCUUCUGACCGUGCUUAUUGCAACACCUGCAAAGAUCUAUUCAACAUAUCUCAAACGAAGAAGCAUCGUGGUGACCACAGAGUUACAACUCCGCUCACUGAAGAACAGCUGCGAAACCCUUCUACAUGGUUGCCUACUCUUGAAAAUGAUUACCGUGAAGCACAAUAUCUUUUUACAAAAAAAGCUGUUAGUACUGUGCUAGGAAUACUAAAAAACAAUAAAAUAAGGAAUAUCCUAUGUAUAGGCACUCCAUCAAUUCAUGAAGCAGCACAAACACAUCCAGAAUUUGAUUCAAUUCUCUUAGAUUUUGAUACCCGCCACCAUCAAUUCUAUCCACCAAAUAAAUUCUUGUGGUACAACAUGUUUAAUAACUACUUAUUUGAUGGGAAUAAUGAUGAAAAAGUGUUAAAGAAAUUUUUGAAGGCAUCAAAGGACACAGGCUUAUGUAUAGUAAUGGACCCUCCAUUUGGAGGAAGAGUAGAACCCCUCGUUCACACUAUUAAGGAAUUAUCUGCAACAUACAAUAAAUUGUGUGAAACAGACGGUAUUUUGCCAGUUAUCUGGGCUUUUCCAUAUUUCUCCGAGCCAUAUAUAAGAAAUAUGAUCCCACAUAUUAAAAUGCAUGAUUAUCAGGUUGAAUAUCAAAAUCAUAAGAAAUUUCAAAAUAGCAAAGGUGGUCGAAAACAAGGCUCACCUGUUCGAUUCUAUACAAACUUACCAUUUGCAACAAUUGAUUUAUCAAAUGACAGUAACUAUAAAUAUUGUAAUAAGUGCAAAUACUGGGUUGGGAAAUCUAAUGUGCACUGUAAUAAAUGUAAAGAGUGUGCAAGUAAGGAUGGAACAACUUAUGUACACUGUAACCUGUGCAAUCGGUGUGUGAAGGCAACAUAUGAACAUUGUAACACCUGCAGUAGAUGCUGUCAAGUUGGACAUAAAUGUGGUAUACUUGUCGAGUCACAGUCAUGUUACAACUGCCACGAAAAGGGCCACAAGCAGUUGGAAUGUCCACAAAGGAAGACAGAGAAGAAAAAACUGAAAUCUAAGUAA